AAACGAGACGUUACGAGGUCGACUGAUUAUUAGAAGCAGUAUAGAAUCGUUAACCGCCUCUGUUAGCAACAUUUGGAGGUGGUUGCUCACACAUCACACAUCGAAGUUCGACAUCUGAUUGUGUGGAGUCGGUGAUAGUUGGGUGGUGGGUCGCUGCGCCAUGACGUCGCCUCAUCUAAGUUGCCUAGCAUUCCUCAACUGCCAGUGGGGAUAACAGUUAUUUACCGGCCGUAGUUAGCACUGAAGGGUCACCAACGCUACCUCUUCGAUCGCUACUUGAAACCCCUUCCACCUGGCCCUUCACAUUGCUACAACCCUUUGUGGACGCAUUCAUAUCGACCGCCAACGUGCCACGGCAGCUCAAUGGGAACACAAUGACAGAGAGCUACUACUAAAUACUUUGUCAUCUGAGCAAUCAAUUGGAUGGCAACCCCAGGCGCCAUCACAGCGACGAUCCCCCACUCAUCAUGGCGUCCAACAAAAGAGCCCCCUCGGUUCUAGUAACCGAUUCGCGUGAGCGUCAACCCUUUCGCGGCGGGCCCCAACGACCCGGGAAUCUGGGCGGAAACGGACGGCCCAGCACCCGCUUCGUCUCUGUCGACAAUGUGCUUCAGUACUCGUCAGACAUACCGUCCGGUCAGCCGAGGGUGCCUCCGGGACAGCGCCCGGCGCGCACCGCCCGCCGCUACAGCCAUGGCGGCGGUCUUCCGACCCUCGCGUCCGCCCGGACGGGCCAGCAGAACGUGCCUUCGCGGACGACCAAGGUCAGCGAGAAGCUAGUGCUCCUACCCGAGGCGCCUGAGGAGAAGGACGACGAGAUACAAAGCGACGAGGAGCUGUUACGGCAAGCAUCCAUAGCACACGGCGCCCUGGACGAGGACCGGCCACUGAAGGAUGAGGAGCUGGAUGUGCUGAGAAAACGGGGCGGGAUCCGAGGGAAGAGUUACGCAGAGCGAUUGCCCAAGGUACAGCGAGGAGAGAAGGUGGCACGCCUUACCGCCUACUGCACCGCCCAGGCCUACAAGAUACAGGCGACGGCCGAGUUUCUGAAAACAAAGCACGAAGCGAAGACGAAGCUAUACGACGACUGCCUAUACACGGUGUACCACCUGCCCCUGCUUCCGGGCGUAGAAGGGUUCCGUUUGAGGAGCCGGCCCAUCUUGAGGACGCCGGGGACGGGGAAAACCGUGCUCGACCUUGAGAUUGAGCGUAGUGAGCGCAGAGACGAGCACGAGGGCUUCUGGGACGAGUAUUCGUACGCCACGCAGGGGCUAGGAGACAGCCCGACGAGUGCCGGCAUCCUCCAGCAAGCGGUGGGCGAUUCAGAUCUCCUCGAGCACACCUCCGCCACCCACGGCGACCGCGACAACCCCCGGGUGGCAGUGAGCCCGAUCAACCGGCUGGUUCCCGACGCCAAGAACUUUGGCGAGAUGUUUGUCUUCUCGUACGGAGUGGUCGUGUUUUGGAACUUCACCGAGCAUCAAGAAAAGGACAUCCUCGCGGACCUGACAUUUGCCGAGCACGAGACGGGUAUCUCGCUAGCCACACGGCCACUCGACGAGAUGGACUUUGAGACGGAGGAGUUCCAUUUCGAGUACAGCCCGGACGUGAAACGGCCGCGCGUCUUCAACGACAUGAUCACGUUGCUGCCAAGAUCGGACCACAUGGUUAAACUGACCAUCAGCCAUGCCAUCGCCCAGAGCACCAAGCUGUGCUUCUUUGAAGAGCGCAUGUCCGAGACGAUGCUUGAUGCCCAGCACGUUCCCAAGCAGCUGGCCUUGACUGGGGAGCUCAACAUGACCCGAACCGAGAUUGUCAAGAUCCUGGGGAGACUCUUCAAAUCCCGCGUAGAUAUCAAUCUCUCAUCCAACAUCCUCGACGUGCCCAACUUCUUCUGGGACUCGGAGCCCACCCUGCACCCGCUCUACGUCGCCAUCCGCGAGUACCUCGAGAUCGACCCGCGCAUUAAGGUGCUCAACGAGCGCUGCCGCGUUUUCCUGGACCUGGCCGACAUCCUGGCCGAUAGUGUCGCCGACGCCAAGAUGAGCCACAUCACCUGGAUCAUCAUUUUGUUGAUUGUCGUCAGCAUCAUUGUCACUGUCACAGAGGUCGGCCUGCGCUUUGGCAUGCUGUCGAGGGGCAAGAGCAACAAGGACGGCCCCAACACCCUCAAUACCAACCGCGUGUUACUCGAUCUGAGAGGGCCCAGGUCGCCCAGCACGGUGGGUCGAACUCAUAAUAUUUCUUUGGAGGAGCUGCGGUUGUGGAGUGCCGGGUUAGGUGAGACGGAGCGGGAGGCGGUUUGUGGGGGGAGUGUUGUUAGGAGGACGUUUGCCGGUGUUUGAGAAAGAGAAGUAGAUGCUAUUAUGAACUGUGAGGGUGUCGGCAGUCGGCGUGUUCGUUUUUUGAUAUCUGUCUUGGCAUCCCGGCAACUGCAUAGCUAAGGGCGUUUUCAGGAUUAAAUUGGCUCAUGCUGUGGCUCAUUUUCUUGGUUCCGAGAUCGCAGAUUUGGAUUACAGGAAGGGAGAAUCCAAAGGAGGUUGGUUAUCCAAAGACCUCGUUGUUGAACCCGGCUAUGCGAGGUGCCCGCGCAAUAGGGGCAUAGCUGAAUUGUCAGCGACUUGCUCUACUUGCAUCCUAGCAGUUGGCGAUUCCUACCCUCUGCGCAGCUCACAAAACAAGGGAUAAGAAUAAGAGCUCGAGUUUUCAGGGCAUAUAACACAACAUCA